UGGUCGCUCUGGGGAGGGCAGCGAUUGGCAGGAGGACUCCUCGGGGCGGUCCAUUCAAAGGAAAGAGGAAGAGCAACCAGGAAGAGCCCUCGCUGUAAAGUCCCGCCUCCACUUCCGGGAACAAACAGAACUAAGGCCCCAUAUUGACUCUGCCGCGGACGGGCUCGGAGCGAGGAGGACGGGCGAGCCCGGCGGAGGAAGGAAGGCAGGAAGGAGGCGCCGCCCGAGAGGAGAGGAGGCCCUGCGGAGCAGCCCCGGGAGGAGACGGCGGGAAGGCCCGGCAGGGAUGAGCCGAAGGGGACUCCGGGAAAGGAGGCCGCCUGGAGGGAGAAGCAGGGAGCAGGAAACGGGCGGAGACCCCGAGACGGGCCUGGAGGGCGGAGGGUCCUUCAGAAGAGGCGGAAGACCCGGGAAUCCCCAGAGAAUCCAGGAGGGAGGAGAGAAACAUAAAUGCCCGGAAUGUGGAAGAUUCUUCAAAAGAAAUAGAGUUCUUGUAAACCAUCUAAGAAUCCACACAGGAGAAAAACCAUUUAAAUGCCCGGAAUGUGGAAAGCGUUUCAGUCUGAGGGGAAACCUUUAUACACAUCAAAGAAUCCACUCAGGAGAAAAACCAUAUAAAUGCCUGGAGUGUGGAAAGCGUUUCAGUCUGAGGGGAAACCUUUAUAGACAUCAAAGGAUCCACUCAGGAGAGAAACCGCAUAAAUGCCUGGAGUGUGGAAAGAGCUUCAAUCUGAGAGGAAACCUUUAUAGACAUCAAAGGAUCCACUCAGGAGAGAAACCGCAUGAAUGCAUGGAGUGUGGAAAGAGCUUCAAUCUGAGAGGAAACCUUUAUAGACAUCAAAGGAUCCACUCAGGAGAGAAACCGCAUAAAUGCAUGGAGUGUGGAAAGAGCUUCAAUCAGAGCAGCUGUCUUUAUAGACAUCAAAGAAUCCACUCAGGAGAGAAACCGCAUAAAUGCAUGGAGUGUGGAAAGAGCUUCAAUCAGAGCAGCUGUCUUUAUAGACAUAAAAGAAUCCACUCAGGAGACAAACAGCAUAAAUGCCUGGAGUGUGGGAAGAGCUUCAGUCAAAGGGGACACCUUUAUACACAUCAAAGGAUCCACACAGGAGAAAAACCACAUAAAUGUCUGGAGUGCGGAAAGAGAUUCAGUCAGAAGAGUAGUCUUUAUACACAUCAAAGGAUCCACACAGGAGAAAAACCACAUAAAUGCCUGGAGUGUGGAAAGAGAUUCAGUCGGAGGGGACAUCUUUAUAUACAUCAAAGGAUCCACUCAGGAGAAAAACCAUAUAAAUGCCUGGAGUGUGGAAAGAGCUUCAGUCAGAGGAGCAGCCUUUAUGUACAUCAAAGAAUCCAUUCAGGGGAGAAACCGUAUGAAUGCCUGGAGUGUGGAAAGAGGUUCAAUUGUCAAGGAAACCUUUAUGCACAUAAAAGAAUCCACUCAAGAGAGAAACAGUAUAAAUGCCUGGAAUGUGGAAAGAGUUUCAGUCAGAGGGGAGACCUUUAUUUACAUGAAAGAAUUCACUUUGGAAAAAAACUAUAUAAAUGCCUGGAUUGUGGAAAGAGGUUCAGUCGGAGGGGAAACCUUUAUACACAUCAAAGAAUCCACUCAGGAGAGAAACCGCAUAAAUGCCUGGAGUGUGGAAAGAGCUUCAGUCGGAAGGGAAACCUUUAUAGACAUCAAAGAAUCCACACUAGCGGAGAAGCCCUAUAAAUGCCAAUUUAGCUUGGAACCAUUGCAAUUACCUUUUUAAAAAAAUAACGGCUGCUAGCCAGCUCAAGCAUCUUCAGCUAGCAAAGGCAAAAACCGGAGCUGGCUUGGCACUUGUUUGGCCAUGUGGCCAUGGACAAAAAAAAAAAAAACAAAAAAA